UUAAUCUCGCAUGGAAUAAUUGAGAAAAUCAACAAAACACUCGAAAAACAUUCAAAAGAUUUAUUUGCCAUUGCACAUAAAUACCAAGUAAAACAAUUAAUGGAUGUUUGUGAAGAUUAUAUGAUCUCAACUAUUGCUGCUGAAAACUUUAGCAAGCUUUGUCUUUUUGCUGAGUUAUAUCAUCUUUCAAAACUUUCAAAGGUAGAUUGUUUAAUCUAUUUAGUGACAAUUGCGGAUACUUUUAAAUUUGCUGACAAAAUUUGUUAG